UGAGGACUUUGACAGUGCAGCUAACUGAGGCGAGGCGACAUGCACACAACAGUACUCCAGGAUGGUUCCAACUAAUGACAGACUUCUAAGAUCUCUCAGGACUGCCAGUGUUUUUCAGAGGAUCGCUGUGUUCCUUCUCCUAACACACUUACCAAAUGGAGGUCAGUCUCUGGACAAUCAUCUUACUCAGACAGUCAUGGUGAUGGUCGGUGAUGACGUUGUUUUGCCAUGCCAGCUUGAGCCUUCCAUGAAUGCUGUUACCAUGACAAUAGAGUGGGGGAGACCUGACUUGAAGCCAAGAUUUGUCUUUGUGUGGCAUAAUGGUAAGGAGCUUCUGAAUGAACAAAACAAAGCCUACAAGGGGAGAGCGUCACUGUCCAUCAGCAACAUGAAACACGGAGACAUUUCACUGAAACUGUCCCCAGUGAAGAACUCUGAUCACGGGACAUACAGAUGCUACAUCCCAAAACUGAGUCAAGAAUAUUUUGUAGAGCUCCUUGUUGGUGCCGUCUCCUCACCUGCUAUCAGCCUAGCAGGCAUUGAUGAAACCAGCAGUGGAGUGAUGUUAGACUGUGAGUCUUCUGGCUGGUAUCCAGAGCCUGAGGUGUUGUGGCUGGACGGUGAGGGAAAGCUCCUCUCUGCUGGACCUACAGAGACAGUCAGAGGUCCUGAUGACCUCUAUACUGUCAGCAGCAGAGUGACUGUGGAGAAGAGACACAGCAACAGCUUCACCUGUAGAGUCCACCAGAAGAACACCAACCACACCAGAGAGGCACACAUCACUCUUACAGAGGAUUUCUUCAUGGCUUCUUGCUCUGGUUGUGCUGCCUCUACCACCAUUAGUGUGCUGUUUGCUAUAAUGUUUGUCUUGGCAGUCGGCUGUAUUGUCUGGAAAUGGAGACAAAACAAAUCUGGUGUCAUUAAAAGCACGGAGCAGCAGAGUUUGAUGGAAGCAGAAGUCAUCAGAGGAGAGCAGCUCAAGGCAGAAAACGAAAAAAUGAAGGCGGAGUUACAGCAGAAAGAGACAGAUAAGACACAGGUUAUUGAUAUAGUGAAGGGACUGAUGAAGGAAAUGGUGAAUCAGAAUAACAAAGUCACUGAACAAAAGGAGAAGGCAGAGAAACUGUUGGAGGAGAACAGAGAGAAGGUUCAGUCUGUGGAGAAAGAAGUAGCAAAGGAGGAGGGAGAUGUAACAUUAAAAAAAGCUAAAGCAUACAGAGAACUCAAAGAAACCCUAAUACAGAACAACUGGAACCUGGAGGAGAGAAAGACAGAAUUUGAAGAACUGCAAAUAAACACAGAAAAACUAAUGAAGAAGGCACAUGAUGAAGUUAAUAGAAUUACAGAGGAGAUAGGGAAGGAAAGGGAUGAGCAGCUGCAGGACACAGAAUUUUUUUUCAAAGGGGGAAACGCAUCACAUGCUGGAGGACGGGAUGAGAGGACAUCGAUGGUUACCACACUAGAGAUACAGAGGGAUCAGAUGGACAACACACUGAAAGAGGUGAAAACUGAAGUGGAGGGACAGAGAAACCAACUGAAAGGGCAACUCAAGGAGAUGGAGGAAGAGAGGGAGGAGAUCAAAAACAAGCUGCAGUCAGUAGAGAAGACAAGGGGGUUUGACAAAUCAGAUUAA